AGAAAACAGUUUGUAACCAAUUGUAACCUCAAACAUUCUUCUUGGUUUAUUGAUCACGUUAAUAAUUUGUAAAUAGUUAUAACAAAGUUAUAAAUUAAAAUGAGCGUUCUACCUCCAAUUACCUCUGAUGCCAUCGAUGCGGACCAAAUUAGAACCUUCAAAGAGUUUUUAAUCAACUACAAUAAAGUAUCAGAGCUGUGUUUCACAGAUUGCGUUAACGACUUCACAAGUCGAAAUGUUAAAGGCAAAGAAGAGAAAUGUGCAUACACUUGCAUGGAGAAAUUCCUGAAAACCAAUCAGAGGAUAUCCCAAAGGUUCUCAGAGUUCCAAAUGUUGGCCAAUGAAAAUGCCAUGGCUGCUGCUCAGAAGAUGGGCGGCAAAGUGCCCAGUUAAAACUGUUACAAGACUAUAACAUGCAUUUAAUGUUCAUUUUCAUGGUUCUGUCUUGAGAGGUGUUCAUAAUUGUAACAUAA